CCGAAAGAAGCGGCGCGCGCGGUCGCGAUUGUGGGAAAAGGGCUGUGCCAAAGCCCUGCGUCGCGUCGGGCCCACUACACCCCGGCGCGCGGCAAAAUCGCCACCGCUUCCCCGGUAAAGAAUCGGCGCAAGCCCACCCCGCACCCACGGCCGGGCCCCGCGAGCACCUGAAGGGCCGCCGGGCGCAUUUGCAUGCCCGCCGAAGCAAUUGCCCGGAAAAUGGCCCCCGCCGCUGACGAGCUCGCGGGAACCAUGGCGCGAGCGCUUCGCACUAUUCCGGCGACUUGUGUGAGGAGCACCAGCGGCAGCGACUGGCGCGGGAGACCGCCACGGGGCUGCGGGGCCUCAUGGCCCCGGUGGAAGACGAUUCACAGUGUAGCACUGUGAUGCAGGUAGAAUUCCCCGGGGGCCGUGACUGACAGAGGGCUGGGCCGGACGGAGGCAUAGGAAGGGGGGGCUUGGCUGGCAGCAUGGCCGGCCGACGCUUGGCGCUCCAUGCAAGUAGUCACAUCGUGUGGGGGCUGUGCUGCGAGUAAGAGCGAAAAGCAACCGGAACGAACCAGGCGGCCGCCGGUCUAUUUUGCCCAGGGGGGCGCGCCGGCGGGUUGUUCAAUGGCCCCCGCGCCUUCGCCAGCCAGCGUUUGGGGGGGCCCCUGCCGCGGGCUCCGAGAUCUCGUGUCCCACAUUCACGGCCCGAAAAGCCCGGAAUAUGAUGGGGGUUCGGAGGUGUUUCGGAUGAUUCCAGACGCACGGCGGCACCCGAAGCGGGCCCGGCCCAUUGUUUUUUCUUUGUCAUUGGCGUAAAGCCAGCGCCCGGCGGCCCGGGCCGGCCCGUUUUCUAGGAUUGAGACAAACUCGCA